GCUCCCCGGGGAGCCCGCCUCCCCCCUCCCCACUCCGUGCCGAGGGGGUGCUGCCACGUUCAGGUUUUGGGGUCCACCCGUGGCUGGGAGUAUCCUCUUGCCCACCAGGACCCCCAUAAGCUGGCGUUCCCCCAGGUGCCCCCCAGUGCUUGGCCGAGAUGCCACCGAUCCAGGGAUGAAGGGGGAACCGCCAUGUCCCCGUCCCCCCUAAACCGGCGGCUGUCCGCAGUCUGCCACGAUGCCUGGCAUCAAUCCCGGCAUCGCCAGCGCUUUUCCCAUCCUGGGGGUAUGGAGCACUUCCCAGUCACCCUCGCCCCUCGCUGGGUGGCCGUAACCUUUGUCAUCGAGCUGCGGCCGCUGGGGCCUGGCACGGUCUCCAUGGGAGCGUGCCGGGUUGCUAAGCCGUCGGGUGGAGUGCUUGCCACCGACGCCAGGACAUCGAGCUGUUGAUAUGACAACUGGAGCGGGGACACGGGUGGCCCGGGGCGUGGUGCUUCGCAUGACGGGGCCAGUGGCCCCCAGCAGGGAGGGGUCCCGGCCAAGCCUUGCCACCACGCCAGGACUUCCCCGCUAGCUGUAGAAACCCACCGGGGUGGGCUCGUGACCCCUCACCGCACUGAAAACCGUCCCGCGCGCCAGUAAGUACAUUUACCGGUGGAAGGAAGCAAGUGGGGAGAGCUCGACCCGUGUGUGUCCCCGGUGCGAAGGAUGCGGGGCGAGAAGGCUGAGCCCACCAGGGCACGAGGCUGCGCUCCCUGCCCCUCUGCUUGAGGGUCCAGAGGCCGGGGGGGGGGCAGGAUCCCCCCCCCUCAGCAGGUGCUGGAGAGGAGGCGGCCGCCACCGGGCGUCGGAUGAGAUAAAGCAGCGAAAGUGGAGCAUCCUCCGGCAGAGCGAGGGACGGAGCAGCCCAGCACCGGCCAGACGACUGCCGGGACGGGGAAGGGGGCUUGGUCCCCAGGCCAGGCACCGCAGCGGGGUGCCCGGGGGUUUGGGGGGGGGACGGCUCGGCACGCAGCCCACCCCACCCCGACAGCUGCCCCCAUGCUGGAUCACCGAGCCAGGAUGGAGAGCGGCAGGAAGGAGAAGGUGGAGCGGAUCCUGUCAGAGUUCCGGCUGAAGGAGGAGGACCUGAAGAAGGUGAUGUACCGGAUGCAAAAAGAGAUGGACCGAGGGCUAAAACUGGAGACACAUGAGGAAGCCUCUGUCAAAAUGCUGCCCACCUAUGUCCGCUCCACACCUGAGGGCUCAGAGGUCGGAGAUUUCCUGUCGCUGGACCUCGGCGGCACCAAUUUCCGUGUGAUGCUGGUGAAAGUGGGCGAGGGGGAGGAAGGGCAGUGGAAGGUGAAAACGAAGCACCAGAUGUACUCUAUCCCAGAGGAUGCCAUGACAGGGACGGCUGAGAUGCUCUUUGACUACAUCUCCGAGUGUAUCUCUGAUUUCCUGGACAAGCACCAGAUGAAGCACAAAAAGCUGCCCCUGGGCUUCACCUUCUCCUUCCCUGUGCGGCACGAGGACAUCGACAAGGGCAUCCUCCUGAACUGGACCAAGGGCUUCAAAGCCUCCGGCGCAGAAGGGAACAAUGUGGUUGGGCUCCUGAGAGAUGCCAUCAAACGGCGAGGGGACUUCGAGAUGGACGUGGUGGCAAUGGUGAACGACACAGUGGCCACAAUGAUCUCCUGCUACUAUGAAGAUCACCGGUGCGAGGUUGGGAUGAUUGUGGGGACAGGCUGCAAUGCCUGCUACAUGGAGGAGAUGCAGAACGUGGAGCUGGUGGAGGGCAACGAGGGGAGGAUGUGCGUCAACACGGAGUGGGGGGCCUUCGGCGCCUCGGGGGAGCUGGACGAGUUCCUCCUGGAGUACGACCGCGUGGUGGACGAGACCUCACUUAACCCCGGUCAGCAACUCUAUGAGAAGAUCAUUGGGGGGAAGUACAUGGGGGAGAUCGUCCGGCUGGUGCUGCUGAAGCUGGUGGAUGAGAACCUGCUCUUCAACGGGGAGGCCUCUGAGAAGCUCAAGACCCGUGGGACCUUUGAGACCCGCUUCGUGUCACAGAUCGAGAGCGACUCUGAUGACCGCAAGCAGAUCUACAACAUCCUGACGGCCUUUGAGCUGCUGCCCUCGGGGACGGACUGUGACAUCGUGCGGAUGGUCUGCGAGAGCGUCUCCACCCGUGCUGCCCAGAUGUGCUCGGCCGGGCUGGCUGGCGUCAUCAACCGCAUGCGGGAAAGCCGCAGCCAGGAGACCCUCAAAAUUACCGUGGGCGUUGACGGCUCCGUCUACAAGCUCCAUCCCAGCUUCAAGGACCGCUUCCAUGCCACGGUUCGGCAGCUGACGCCUGGCUGCGACAUCACCUUCAUCCAGUCAGAGGAAGGCAGCGGGCGCGGAGCCGCGCUCAUCUCUGCCGUCGCCUGCAAAAUGGCCUGCAUGAUGGGGCAGUGAGAAAGGACUCGGGGGGAAGCUGAGGAU